AUGGCAGACCAGCCUUCCAUCCAUGAGGCCACCCUGGCCUGUUACCAGGUCUUUCGAGACUCGGCUGCUGUUCCUGCUCUCCAAGAAUGGGCAGAGAAUUGUUUAGCCGACUUGAAGCUGUGGGCAAAUGGAGCCGGGGCCUUGAAAGUCGGAAAGGCAUCCCUUGAUGCUAGGCUGACCUCGAAUCAGGACGCAAAAGAUUUCGUGCGGAUAAGGAGUGACUUCUUACUAGGAGCGGAUGGGCACGGCGAUGGGUUGGGUCAAGCCAUGCAGGAUGUAAAAUCCAUCAUAGGCCAAUUGAGUCGAAUCAUGACUUCCAUUCGCAAGGCUGGCAUCAAUGCACGAAUUCAAAAGGCCGAUGGUUCAUACGACCCUGGCCAUCCGCAGGUUGAGGCUUUGAAAAACCAUCUGCAGCUGCUAUUACUGUUACUGUCAAGACCCAGAUAUAAUGGCACUCUACAGGCAGAGACUUCCUCGCACGGAGUGCUAUUGGUCUCGUCCAUAGAUGGCACUAUAGUGUCUGAGCCACGGUCUUUGACUGUUAUCCAGCGACGACUCAUUGAGGCAAACCUGAAGCGGAGACACCGAUUCUUGUAUGCUCAGCGUCACGCCAUCAAGCUGUCCGACAGGGAACCCGCCCCAGCAAAGUCGAUACCCACUUCUCGAAAAAUACCACAGCCACUCAUCCUCAAUCCCAACGCAAGGUCAACGGACGAGCCUAAACUUCCCACAGUGUAUAGCACAACGACUGCAACCGAAGUACAAGAUCCAAUCCCGUUUCCGACCCGAGAUAGUGCCCAACCAGCGACUACUAUCAUAUCUGCAAUCAGCUCUCGUGUGACGUAUCCCAAGCCUCCCCAACUGAGACCCGAUCAAAAUGUCUUCCAAUGUCCGUGCUGUUGCCAGACAUUGCCAGCUUCCAUGAGCAGAGGGAGUCAGUGGAAAAAACAUCUCUCCAGAGAUAUUCUUCCCUACACAUGUAUUCUCGAAGAUUGUCCUCGCCCCGAAAGAGAUUACCAUACAAAGGAUCUCUGGCUGUCGCACAUGUUCACAGACCAUGGCGGCUUUUCCCAUUGGGUUUGCCUCGCCUGCAAUGACUCGAGCGAGCGACCAACGUUCCACGAAGAAUCGGCAUUUACUGAACACUUAGAUCAAACGCACUCAGCGGGUAUAAAACCCCAGCACAUACAGAUGUUGGUCUCAGCCUGGCGCCGGAAAACACCAAUCACAAUUGGAUCAUGUCCGCUCUGUGUGCCGACAGACCUGGAUGCCGAUGCCGUUUUGAACCAUGUUGCCGAGCAUUUGCAUUCAUUCUCGCUCAGAUCCUUACCAUGGGCGCCAGGAGACUCUGAGUCUAAUGGGGACUCAUAUGGAGGCUAUUAUGAAGAUCAUCCGUAUUUUGAUACAGCAAAAUCGGAAGAUACAGGAAUAUCGGAAGAUACUGGGAGUGUGGGAUCAGGAUCUAUUGAGUCAUCUGAGCCAGGGAGUCUUCUGGACUAUCUGCCUAUCAAGGAAUACGACGAGGAGCCAACAGAAAAGAACCAAUUGACAGAAGACAAGAUUCACUGUCUUUCGGAAGAUCCGAGUGGUAGCAAGAAUAUGAUGGGCGUGUUUUUAGCUAGCAUCGAGAACGAACAUCCUGCAACGGCACCCUUUCAAACGCCACUAUCGCCAGCAAGCCUUGAUAACGAUCUGCCUGUGGACGAAGAAGAAGAAGGCCGAGACUCUCAAUCCCAUCAUCUUCCAUCAUUGUCACUCACUGUACCUACAGAUUCUGAUAAUAAUGACUCUUCGGCCGAUGAACACCAGGAUUCUACAUCGCAUAAUCUUCCAUCAUUAUCACUCACAGGACCUACAGAUUCUGAUGAUGAGUCUACAACCCCGGGCCUCCUGUCAUCAUCAGUGGCCGAGGAAAGGCUCCUGUCACACGAUCUGUCACGAUAUAUUGAUCUCGAUGCAACUCCGCUCCCCAGAGCUCAGAAGGCUGAAGCUGCCAUAAACGCCGGAGCAGUAGCUGCUGGAUUCUUUUCAAUUUCUCAGAUGGUUCCUAGCCAAUUCAGUCUUCCACAGGAUAUUGCUGCCGCAGGUGAAUUGCCGAGUACCCCUCUUGUCCUUUAUAAGGGAAACCAUUUUCACGAUUCAUUGGACAUGCUCUUUCGGGUGUGUUUCGACUGGGUUUCCGAUUUUUUGGAACCCUUCAGUUUUGUGUUAUGUCGCUCACUCGGUAACCUGCAUCCCGCAAAUAAUCGUGAUCGAAUCCGCGAUGCCAUACUGAAUGGAUCCGACGUUGAUGCGCUUCUUGCUGACCCUAUUCACCGGCAAAAUAUCUUCAUGUCCGUUACGAUGACUAUGAUCUGGGAAUUCAUAUUUACGAGAUAUCUAUUCGGCUUGGAACGGCCAAUACGCUCCGGAAUCAAGCGGCUAGAGAAGGAAUUAGGGCAGACUCUGCCACAGGAAACAGUCAAUCGCUGGCGAGCCACGACGUUGACUUUAUUAGCCCAGGAUACUGAGUUGAAUCAGCAGCAAGAACGUGAUAUUCAAGCUAUUUCAAUUACUAUUAUCGAUACACUGAUGUCUGUACUAUCGGAAAGGAGUCCUUAUAAGCCUCGACUGCGCGAGGAGCUCGAUGAGGUAUUACGCCUUGCUGUGCAACUCUCUGUUGAAAUGCGUACGCAAUUGGCAGACUACAUUAUGCUACCCCCUCUUCAGCCAGAGUAUGACAGUCAAGGCAACUUGACAAGUCAGAUCUUCUUCAAUGCCUCGUUGAUGCAUGAUGAGAGUGGCGUGUAUGCAUCGGAUGAACAGGCACAAACUGAACAGGCUGUUGUUCGCUUCGUCCUUUUCCCAUUGGUAGUGAAAAAGAGCGACGACGAUGGCAAAGGAGACGAAGAGGUGGUUGUUUAUCCAGCUCAGGUGGUGGUAUCAGAUACGUCAGACAGUGAUAGACAACAUCCGUCGCCCGCUCAUGACACAAGAGAUUUUGAUGCUGCAAACGACGAGGCAGAUGAUGAUUCGGACAGGACUUCGGCAGGUAGCGCUCCAAGUCAAGUGUCGGUCGAUGUUAGAGGAGUGCCACUUUAG